AUGGCUAUACAAGACCUUCACUACUUCGUGCUGGAUCCCCACAACCCCAAGGAAUCUCUCGAGCUGCUAAAGAAGACCAACGGGUUUGCUGUGCCCGGGUCCAUCACGGCUCUCAUGGGCCGACGUAAGACUGGCGGGAAGAUCACCGGCAGAAUCCUGUUAAACGGCUACGAAGCGAACGACCUCGCCAUCCGUCGGUGCACGGGCUACUGUGAGCAGAUGGACGUGCGCUCGAAGGCUGGUACGAUCCGCGAGGCGUUGACGUUCAGCUCGUUCCUCCGCCAGGAUGCCUCGAUCUCGGACGACAAGAAGUACGACUCGGUCAACGAGUAUAUUGGGCUCUUGGGUUUGGAGGACAUCGCGGACCAGAUCAUCCGCGGCAGCUCAGUCGAGCAGAUGAAGUGCUUGACUAUCGGCGUGGAGCUCGCUGCUCAGCUGAGUAUCAUCUUCCUGGACGAGCCUACCAGUGGACUGGACGCUCGAUCGGCGAAGCUCAUUAUGGACGGUGUUCGGAAGGUGGCGGACUCGGGACGUACCAUCAUUUGCACGAUCCACCAGCUGUCAGCCGAAGUGUUCUACUUGUUUGAUAGUCUGCUGCUGCUGAAGCGUGGAGGCGAGACGGUGUUCUACGGAGGCUUGGGCCGCGAUUGCUGUAGCUUGAUCGAGUACUUCGACGGUAUACCGGGGGUGUCUUCCCUCCCUCUUGGCUACAAUCCCGCGACGUGGAUGCUGGAAUGUAUUGGCGCCGGUGCUCUGCACAACAACCUCGCCAAUGAAGGCAUCACCACGCCCUCCUCGGACCUACCAGAGAUGAUCUUCGCCGACAAACGUGCAGACAACUCGGCGACGCAGAUAAAGUUUGUCGUGACCCGAUUCAUCCAGAUGUACUGGCGAACUCCGAGCUACAACCUCACGCGCAUGAUCCUCGCUGUGCCCCUCGCACUGGUCAUCGGUCAUGUGUUUAUCGACGCUGACUACGCGUCGUACACGGGUCUCAACUCGGGUGUUGGAAUGGUCUACAUGGGUGCUCUCUUUUUAGCGAUGAUGGCGCUCCAGAACGUACAAUGCGCUGUGUUACUUUGUGGGCUCGACCGUGGCUGA